AUGGCAGAUGUACCAUCAAGUCCUGCAGAUAAUUUCUAUGAACCCAAAUCCCCGAUUCGUAAUGCAACCACGGUAGCAUACCAGGCAGCCGCUGUCGGUGCACUUGUCAGCGUUCUGCAGAACGCUCUGUCAUCUCACAAGGCUGGUGCACUGGGUGUCCUCACCCGGACUGGGGGAACCAUCGGCAUGUUCACUGCAAUGGGUACCAUAUUUGCAUUCACAGAGGCAACCGUGGCCAACGAGCGGCAGAAGGACGAUGCUUUCAAUGGAGUCGUUGGUGGUUGUGCUGCUGGCUUUUUGGCGGGUAUACGGACACGUUCCCUUCCGAUGGCUCUUGGCUCUUGCGCCGUGGCCGGCGCUGCUAUGGGUACCUUCGACUAUGCUGGGCAGCUCGCUGGUGAACGCAAGCAAGUUAGGGAGGAAAAACAGAAACGGUUCUUCAAAUCUCUACCAAUCUCCCUCCAGCGUAACCCCCCGUCUGAGUGA